AUGGGAAAGGAAGAAGAAGGAAAGACAGUCUCCCCCGGGCCAGACGAGGGAUUUUAUAACCUUCCGCGGGGAGUCUUCUGUCCGGCGGAUGCUCCCAUCCUGGCGGAGGCAAAUGUGAUGGCAAGGAUUGCGAAGGCCUCGAAGGAGCCAUUGGACCACUCGGGGCAGAUUGACUCGCACCCCCUCCCUCUGUACCUCCAAUCCCCGAGCUCCGUCUGCACGUAUGUCUCCGUAUCUGCCCGCCGAUUUGCCUCUUGGACCGCCUUGACCCCGCUCAGAGUGGGAAAAAAAGACUCAAUGUGUCUGGGCGAGGACGCCAGCCUUCCUUCAGGGUUUCCGCCGUCCCGUGGCGGCUUGGUACGAAACAGGUCUCGAUCUACGCCCCUCUUCCUGGUCUAA